AAGACUUUUUGUACUAAAUGGAGUAAUUAAUUGACGUUUAAAAUUCAAGACUGAACAAGUUAAGCACGUGUGAAGUUGUUAAAAUAGUUUAUAAUUUUUUUCAAUUUUAAGUUGCCAUACUAAAACCAACAAUAAUCUGCGUUUAAAUUAACCCUUUAAAUACUAUUCUUGUCAAAUUUGUAAGUAUUUAUUAUAAAAAGUGAUAGUAAAAAUGUCUUCAAAGGGAUCUCGCCGAAGUUUAAGCAGAUCAAAUACACCUUCUUCAAUACUUAAGAAAUCAAAAACUUUAAAAAGUAGAUUAAGUGAAAUACAAAAUACACCUACAAAGGUCAGAUUUGUGUUGCCUCACUCUGAAAAAGUAAAGUCUAUUUUGGAAGAGUUCUCAUUGAAUGGGGUUUCUCGUGAAUAUGAACAGUUAGUCAUCAUGAUUAGAGAUGCCGAACUCACAGAUUCGGAUAUUUCUGCUUUAUUAAAAGAAGCGUCAGAGUGUAUAUCUUUACUGAAUCAAACAUUGAGAUUAUUUGUAGAAGCACUUAUUUCAAUAGAAUGGAUAACCAAAAGUGUUGCCGUGGUUUCAGAAUAUCAAACAUUUAUUGUUGAUCUAUUGUCUGCUCAUAACUAUCAUUCCAAGAUGGUAAUAGAAAAGCUAGUUCGACUAUUUUGGCCAAGUCCAGUUGAACCCGAUUGGCCAGAUGGAAUGCCCACAGAUGAGGAUUGUGGGAAAUAUUUACACAUCCAUACCUUGUUCAAUAUCUUAUUAGCUAUAGUCCCAAUGUGUAAAGAAUUGUUUCUGUCUUCCAUAUCGAAUCAAUUCCCAUAUUAUAAUAGAUCUACUCAUGUUCAUGAAGUGUAUGUUCAUAAUCUACUUUGGAUUCUAGAAUAUCAACCAACUCUAAGACCUGAAAUUUUAAGGUUAAUAUUUUCCAAAUUAAUUAUAAUGGAUGUUAAUGCACCAAAAGAGGAUAUAGAAAAAUAUCUUAAUUCCGAAGAAGAUAUAUUUGCAAUGGAUGAGGAUUCAAAAUCUGUUAAGACAACAACCACAGGGUUUACUAAAGUUAAUAGACACGAAUUAGCACAUACUUUAGACAUAUGUUUGGAUAAAAUUUUCAAUCACUUAAUUUCCGAAUGCUAUGAUUGUGAAGGUUUGCAUUGGGAAAAAACAAAAAAGUUGUAUUUUGAUAUCUUGCAUAUAUUUGAUGAUAUUAUAUUGCCCACUUAUAAUUUGCACCACCUACAAUUUACAAUGUUUUUAUUGGGUAGUUUUAAACAUAGUAUAUCGGAAGCAUUUCUGAAUUAUUUAUGGAAAAAAGUUUGUAAUCUUAACGUAGCUCCGAUUUUAAGACAGAGCGCUGUUAACUAUAUUGCUAGUCUGGUAGCUAGAGGAAAUUUCAUCCCAUUAGCCAUGCUAAAGGGUACAUUACAGCAAUUAGCCGAAUGGAUACACAGUUAUAUUUUAGCACAAGAUGGUUUAGAAUACGUUAAUUCAGAUAUUCGAGCUCAUUCAGUAUUUUACAGUGUUUGUCAAGCUUUAUUUUAUGUUAUAGCCUUCAGGCAUAAGGAUUUUGUUACUUCAAAAAAAAAUAUAACCUUUUUGGAAUGUCUCAACUUAGGUAAAAUUGUAACUUCACGAUUAAAUCCAUUAAGGGUUUGUCAACCAGCUGUUGUUCAAAAUUUUGCUGCGGUCACUAGGAAAUAUCAAAUAGCCUAUUGUUAUUCUAUCAUAGAACACAAUACAAGGAAUACUUUACCUACAAUAUAUCAAGAUGAAAAAGGCAGUAUUGUCAUGUCUAAUAACGUUUUAGAUGCUUUUUUUCCAUUCGACCCUUUCAUUUUAAAAAGAGAGUGUACCAGCUUCAACAAAUCCAUGUACAGGGGCGUCUGUCUUAACAGUUGUAGAAAUCUUGAAAGAAGACCCACUGAGUCUACUAGUACGAACCAAACUAUAAAACUAGCUGAAGAUCUUGUAUUUAUAUACCCGUCAGAUCUUAGCAAGGAGGAUCUGAGGAAAGAGCUAGAAAUUUUUUUAAGAUCGGGUAAGAAGAUUCAACCCAUUUAUAAAGAAUAUGAAGAAUUUUUUGAAGAAACGUCAAAUCUAGUCGAGGAAAAGAAAGAAACCACAGAUACGGACGAUUUUCUAUUUAAUGAUAGUGGAAGUGUUUCCAAAAAUAAAUCUAAUCAAUUUUCAUAUGGAAGUUCUCCUGGAUUCAAAUUCAAAUGAUUUUAUUACUUAAACAUGUUUCCGUAGAACAAUGCUCGCAAUUGAUUUUAUGGAAUCAUUUUAUUUUUUAAAAAAUGCAUAGAGCAAAUUACAAACCUUUAAAAAGAACAACUGUUCUCAAUGUGUGGUCUGAUGAGUAAUAACGAUAAAACUAUAUGAUUUACAAAAGUCUGAACAAAUUUUGUGUAAUAAAAUUACUGUAAAACACGUAAUUCAUGAAUUACAUUCCACUGAUCGUUCCCAAUACUGAUGUCUGUGACUGCUGAAAUUCUUGUUCCACUUAACGUUCUGAAUGCCUAUGUGUGUGACUAUAUUUUUUUGAAUUCUUAAAGCCGUGAGCGUUAUAUUGAUGUUGGUGAAAUACACAUCUUGAGCCCUGCGGGCUAAAAAUAAAGUGACUUGGUAAAUUUGGUAUUGACUGGGAUAAAAUUUUAUUCAAGAUGGAUUGUAAAGUUACAAUUGUUGUGAGCGUUAAGUGAAAUGAACCCUACACUAAACUCGUCAUAUUACAAUUUGCAUAUCUCUAAAAAUUUUAGAAACAAAUUUUGAUAUCAUAGUUAUUUUAGUUCGAUUUCACUGAAAAAUAACCGUAUCCUUCGAGAUUCCUAUAGAACAAAAAUUUCAAUUAUUUUUAUCAUCAAUAAAAACCAAAAAAAUUAUGUGUAGUUUUUCAACUUUAUAAUUUAUUUAUAUUUGAUUCAUAUCCUUUUCCUCCUCAUUUACUAACCAGUAGAGACCUGGGGUUAUUUUGAGAACAUUUAGUUUGAGCUUAUCUUCCAUCUCUGGAAACGAUAAAUUUGUUAUCAAUACGCGUGUCAGACAAGCCAUCCUCUCGUUUUUUAAGGUUUUCCUUCCAAAACGUAAUAUCUAGUUAUCAAAUAUUUUUUAUUCCCAAGAAAAGUGGCUGCAACACAAUAUUUUAAUUUAUCAACAACUAUAUUAUAAACAGAAAGAUGUGUGUGGAAAAAUGUUGAAUGUGGUCAUAUAUUCUGGGAAAACUAGAAAAGAUAUUGGUAAAUAUUUAUUUACUAAUAUUUAUUAUUAAAUUAAAUACUAUUUACACUAACGAGUCCUACUGCUAGUCCUUUAAAAAUUGACGUAUCAAAAAUCUAGUUAGAUCACUUAAAAAUUAACAACUAGAUUCGUUAAUUUGAAAAUAAUAAAUUAAAAUUUACUACUUAUCUACAUUUUGUGUUGUUGAAAGAAAUUUUAAGCAAUCAUGAUGGUAAUGGAGUAAUUAUAUUGAUGAAUUUUGCAGUUGCAAUUUAUAUAAUAUUUUUAUAUAGUAGUGUCGAUAUAUUUUUCAACUUUCUAGGUCUACGACAUGUAAUAAAUUCAGGUCUUUUUCAUCCACUGAUCUUUUAUAGUUUAUAGUUUAGUUGUCUAGUGCCCACCCAAUCCAUUUUCAGUCAAAAUAACUUAAAAACGCCAUUCUGUGGGAAUUUAUACUUUCUAUUGACCUGUUCAUUUAUUUGGCCGCAUAACGGUCCAAACCCAAUGUAAAAUUAUAUUUAAAAAUUAGCUUUAAAAUCAAAUUGCACCUACUACAUCUAAUUUGAGUUUCACAUAGCACUAAAUCCACUUAAUCAAUACUAUUUUGUUGUCUGUGUUGUUAAAUGGUUAAGCUCUUGCCACAUAAGAAACGUGGAAACAAUCGAGCUGGUAUUCCCUGUGGUGGGCCAUUCAUACAUUCCUCCGGAUAGAAUGUUAGCAAAAAUUGAAAAGGAAAUAAUAAAAAAAAGAUCCAAUUUGUUAAGCCAAAAGAUUAUCUAAAUGUUCUUGAACAAACGUACAGCUUUUCAAUAUUUACGAUAUUCCUAACAGUGAUUGGAAAACUGCAGGUCAAUAAAUCCUGGAACCAGUUUCAAAGUGACAUUUUGAAUUUAAUAAAUGCAAAAGUUUUAUUAUACGGCGUGGUAUAAAGAACUUCAUCACUAUCCGAGGCGAGCUGUGCAGAAAAGGCCAGUCAUAUAUUAAUAGCAAAUUCCUAUUGGAGUAAAACUAAGGAAUGUGGAUAACCUAUUAGGCAAGCACUACGACAAGGAGUGAAAAGUUCUGGAAUACUGCAAACAGGUAGUGGAAAGAUUAUCCGAACAUAAUAAGCCCAUUGAUAAUUCCGGUGACGGAAGAUGAAGACCAAGAAAAUAGUUUUUGUGAACAAACUGACAAUAUUCCUGACAUGUUAGUUUAAUAUUUUUUGUAUUUCAUUUUUCGGUAAUUACCUACGUAAUUUUGCUUUAAUGUUUCUCUCAAAUAAAUGUUUUCGUUUCUUAAAUUGAGGUGAUUUCCGUGAUUUUAUUUUCAAAUUACUUCUAAUUCGUUUUCUAUAUUCUCAAACUCCCCUAAAUACAUUUUUACACGUUAAUAAUUAUGUUUUUAUAUAUUUUCCUAACAUAAUUUCUUAAAAAUACUCAGAAAAGCUUACUCAACUAGUUUUUUUCUCAAAAAUUGUAAUUUAUUAUCUCGUUUAAAGUUUUCUAAUACUUCUUCAUAUACAAUUACCAUAUAACCAAGUAACCAUAUAUGGGAACAAAAAGUGAACUAUUUUUUUAAUACAAUUGCUACUAUAACAAAAUCUGUAAUGAUUUACAAGAAACGAAUGUGAUUAUAUUAAAAAUUUGUGAUGUAUGAUUUCCACAUAAUUAAGCUGCUGCUUAAUUUGAUAUUUCUUGAGCACCUAUUGAAGCAAUAGCUUCAUCUCAAACAUACAUGUAAACAUUAUACUAUUAUAAAAUUGUGAAUACUAAUAAUAUUUUGUAAAUCGAACGAAAAAAAUAAACGAAAUACUCCCGAAUUCAAUCCCCUAAAACGAAUAUUUCGUAGUUAUCUUCUUUUUUAGGUCUUUACUGUCAAAUCAUUAGUUACUUCUUCACUAUCUAAACUAAGUGAUCUUGUUUUCGAUGUAAUUACAUAUGUCAUUGCAUUAAUGAAACGUACCUAAUCGGUGCAUUUCACUAAGCAUUCACGGCACUUGAAAUAUUCUUUUGGGCGUUCCAAAUAGCGACUACGAUGGUUGUGGUCGCGGAGAGAAAGUCUUAUGAUGUCAUGACUAACGUUCACGUAGGUCAAAAUUCAAUAACUUACAAAUUAUAAGUGGAGCGGGAAAGAUCAUAAUCGUAAACGUGAUUAUCGUGUGUGCUUAGUGAAAUGCACCCAUUGAUUAUUUAACUAAAACAAUUUUCCAAAAAGUAAGGUUAACUUGUUAAAUACUAGUCUGUUAAAAUAAACUCAAUCAUUUACAUUAUAUUUAAUAAAUAUCUAAAUUAAAUUAGAUCCAAUUCAAAAUAAACAAUUGUACUAUUGAGCUCAGAAAACUCAAUGUGUCUAUAAUGAUUGUAUUUACUAACUUCAAUUGUCAUUAAUCCACGGGAAACCGAAAUAAUUGCCAAAUGGCUCAAUUUUGAAUUAUUAUAUUGUAAAAUGUUAUUUAAUUGCGUAAUAUGAGAAGGUUCAGACAAUAUUAUUUUUUGUACACCUUGUAAUUUUUCUUAACACUGAUGCUUGGCACACAUUUGAAAUGUAAUUUUUUGAUUCCAAUUAUUUAGUUUCGGAUUUAUUAGGCACUUGGUGCAUAUGUUUUAUAUUGUUGAUUAUGACUAGCCAAAUUGUCCCCAUAAGUGACCAUAUUCAAUAAAAAAAUUCAAUGUAUUGUUACGUUAUUUUUCUCUUUUGUGCUACAGAGCAUAUCGACUGAAUAUGGAUACCUUUAAAUACAAAAUGUUACAUUACAUCAACCCAUAUUUUAUUUAUUAGUUUUAUACCCUGUUAUAUAGAAGUAUGAAUUGUUUCAUUAUUUACAAUUUUGGCGUUUGUUUAUGUUUUAUAGAAACUUUCACAUGAUAUGGAAAAAUAGUUCAUUCAGAUAGUUUUUUGUCAAAAGCAGUUAGAGAAAUGUUCGACUUAGAAUAUUGAAAAUUUCUUUCCACUACAAUAACUAAAAUUCACGUAUUUAGUUAUAACUUGAAACUUACAGCAGCGAAAAAAAUCUAAAUCAACUCCUAGUUGAUAUAAAUAUAUCAGAUGAGAUUUACUCUCCAUAGUUUUUUGUAUAUUUUAAACAGUGUGUAUAUAAUUCUUACGUAAUUAGUAACUAUUGAAAUUGAAAAAAUCAUAAAAUAUAAUCUUAUAUGUAAAUAAGUUUUAAACAAAUUAACUCUAUAAAGCGACUGUGAUUUGUAUGAAAUCUAUUAUUCAAAUACAACGUUAAAGAUU